AUGAGGUCGAAGUAUUCACCUCGGAGCUGGAAAUCCUUCCAGGUACUCCCUAGUCGUCAUUAUUCCAGAUCACAUAGUCCGCCCUGGCGGCCAGUGUCUGCGGUCGAUGAAUGGGUGGAAAGAGCUAUACGACCUAUCAGUCUUCGGCAGCUGACCUUCUUCGGCCGUACCUUGACCGAACCGCGCCUGAUCAGCUCCGCAAACUACGUGCGAACCGAGCUCCCAACCCGAGGGACUAGGCUGGCGCAUCGAUUACGCGACAUUCAGCAGCUGCCAUAUGUAGUGGUAGCCAACCCACACCUCACCCUCGUAUACGAGUUGUACUACAAGGCGUUCGAAAAGGCUCGCGUGGUGCCCGAGAUCAGGAGCCUCGAGGACAAUGAUCGAUUCUGCGAUAUCUUGAAGGAAAUGCUGAGGGAGCACCUAGUGGCCAUUCCCAAUCUAGCGAUGGGAGUGUUGGAAUGCCGCAACCUCGCCCCGGCAGAUGAGAUGGAUCGAUUGAUGAACACCCUGUUGCGAGCGAGGAUUUCGCGCCGAGUCAUUGCAGAGCAGCAUCUUGCUCUGACCGAAACCUUCAACUCGCCGUGGCAUUUCCCCGAUUCCCACGACCGAACCGACAUGAAUGCAGACUUUGUAGGGGAGGUUUUCCUUAAAUGCAAAGCAAAGGAGGUGGUCGAGAGAUGUGGCAAGGUCGCACAAGAUCUGAUGCGGAAGUCCUCGGAGUCGACUAAGAUUCCUGCCAUCACCGUUCAGGGCCACACCGACGCCACCUUUCCAUACAUACUGAGUCACUUGGAGUACAUCAUUGGGGAGCUCCUUCGCAACUCGGUGCAGGCCGUCAUGGAGAAAUAUGAAGGCUCUACCGAGUCCCCACCCCCGAUUGAGGUACUCGUGUGCGAAACCCCACAGCACGUGAUAAUGCGCAUCUCCGAUCAGGGUGGAGGAAUCCCACGAGAGAUUCUUCCUUAUCUCUGGUCGUUCAGCAAGGGCCCUCGCACGCAGACCCGUUUGGAAAAUCUUGGACGGGUCCCCGCCAUGGCAGCUACCAUGCAAGAGCUGCAAGUGUCACACGAGCGCAAGUAUGCCAGCCAGAACUCAUCAUUCUUAUCAUACCACGAGGGAUCCUUGGACACUUUGACCUCACGACCACCAGAUCUGCGCCUGGGAAUGGGCCUGCCCAUGAGUCGGGUAUAUGCUGAAUACUGGGCCGGCAGUCUCGAGCUACACAGUCUGGAAGGGUACGGCGUGGACGCAUUUCUGCAGAUCUCGAAGCUUGGCAACAAGAACGAGCAAGUCACCACUCGAGCGGCGAUCGAUGCGGUGUAA